AUGAACGGCCUAGGAAGCGUGCACGUCAGAGCUGCGAUACCUGCAAAGCACGUAAGACCAGGGGUUUCUGGCGAUGUCUUCGACCAGUCGAUCAAGCUACUUCGCCAUUUCGUAUCGGAAGAAGAGCUGCCUGAUCUGACGGUAGAGAACAUUCAGAAGGUGCUCACCAAGGUGAAAAUGCACUCUAGUGACCGCUCUGUAAUGGAAACACCCUCUAGAGAGAUCGAACGCAGUGGUGUCGAAUAUACUUACCCUGCUCCCGAUGAGAUCCAAGAGGUCGUGGAAAGGGAUGAACAUCCACUCCUGCAAGAGGACUUGGGCUGUAUGGUAUUGGAUUCCCUGGGAAAAUAUCGUGUGUACCUCCCAUCUGCCCUGGCAAGAUAUGUCGCUCACGAGGAGAAGGCUACGUCGGAGCAGAGUCUUCCAUUCGUUGGAACCAUGCUGCUCGAAUGGCAUGCGCGAGCGCAAUCCAUCUGGAUCCCAAAGUCAUAUCACCAUUGA